AUGACAGAUUCACAAACAAUUGAUAGUCAAACUAUUGAUGAAAUAGAGAGAAGAGUUGGACAAUUGGAAAUAGCGUUACUUGGAUAUCAGCCAUAUUCAAGUGAUAGUGUACUGAGUCAACCGUUACCCAAUACAUCGGGUGCAUCUGCAACACAAUUGUUGAUUCAAAACAUACAGCAGCUACAUCAACAACAGACACAAUCACCAUUGAUCACUGGUAAUAGAAAACGAUCUAAUACAACCACCUCAUCGACAUCGCCACUUCCAAACAUACCACUCGAAACUCUAGUAGAUCAAAUCGAUCGAUUCAAAUCAACUUUACAACAUAUAAAAUCAGAUCAUGAAUCAAUCAAUCAAUUUAUGACUUUAUAUAAAGAGAAUGAAAAAUUGUUUAGCGAGAUUGCAGAGAAUGAUGAGUUAUUGACACCGGUUGAGAAGUUGUCCAUUAUAUUGUCGGCAGAGGAUGAGAUCAUUUAUACAGCAAACUAUUUACAAAAGAUAGCGGAACUAGAGAAAUUCAUUAAUCCAACUACUUUAGAGUCAAUACCCUCUAUGAUCACACAGUUACAGCCAAUCGAAUCAUUACACAAUGAACAACAGGCAAUCACCAUUGCACUUAACAAGAAAUUAGAAUCAAGAAUACAAUCAUAUAAUGAUAUUAUUGAAUCACUUUCAAUGAAAUUUGCUUAUUGGGAUAAAGUGUUGACAGAUCUAGAAAAGAAAAAAACAUCAACCAACCAACCACCAACUACUAAUAAACCCAACAAUGCUUGUAACUCUAUUGAACCAUAUAUAAAUCAUACGAAUUCAAUUAUCAUUAUUGAAUGUAAUUAA